AUAUUAAUUAUAAAUGUUUUAGAAUUGAUAAUUUCCUAUUUUUACGUUUAGUUUCAGAUAACAUUGUUCUAUUUAAAAAUUUAACACUAGAAAAAAUUCUAAAACGAAUAAAUAAUUAAAUAAUACAUUUAAAAAACAAAAAUUACGAUUAAUUUGAUUUAAUUUCUUAAUUAAUAAAAUAAUUAAAACAUUAAUUUCAAAUAAGAGCGCAAAAGUCAAACUGAUGUUUUGUAAACAAUCGCAGAUAUAUGGACAGCUGAUGUCGAAAGUUAGUAAACAAACCCUUAUCAGUGUGACCAGACAGAAAGAAUUUUACAUUUUUAUUAUAUACAUGGAUACACUGAUAUUCCACAAAGUUGAACAGAUUUUUGAGUGCUCAGCGUGUGUCCAUUCUGGUUAUUCUGUGAUCUGAUCGUCGGAGUCACGAAUUUAUUAAGAUAGUAACACAUUAAUCUGUGAUAGUAAUAUAUUAAAUAUUAUAUUAUUAUAUAUAAAAUAUACUAUUUUACAACUUAAUAUUAUUAUUAGAUACUAAAAUACACCUAAUCGUGGUCGGAGGCAAAGUUUUCAAGAAGAAAAAUUCGAUACUUAUCGACGGGGAAUCAAUACCUACCGGUCCUAUCGACUCGUAUCGAAUAUUCAAACAUCGAUUCACUUAAAUUUCUUCCUCGAAAAUUUUGAUUUUCAAAAUUUUCACGCACGCUACCGUAUGCAUAGCCGCAUAAGUCUAUAGCAAAUUGACGACGGCGUCGCCGAGUCGGGUUCUACGGAUACUAUAAGUCUAUACGACAGUUAAAAUUUAUUUUCAAAGUAAAUAUUAUGGUGUAUAAAUGUGUAAUUCCAAAUUGUGGCAUAACUUAUCAUAACACAUCAAAAACAAAAUUAUAUAAAUUUCCAACAGAUGAAGUAUUAAAAACUAAAUGGAUGAAAAAUUGUUCAAUUACAAAACAUCUCGUAUCUUACAAAGUUUGUAGUAAACACUUUUUACCUGAACAUAUUAAAGAUAAUGGUCGCUUGAUGCCCGCUGCUGUACCAAGUAUACAACUAGGUGCAAAUCUUGAUCCAAAUUCUGAAAAUUCAAGCAAAACUGAUAUCAGUACACAUAAUAAUUUUAAAUUGAACCAAGCUGACUCACCUCAAAGAUCUGAGACCUCUACUAGUUUGAUCACAAGUAUAUCACCUACUCAUACACCACAGAUACGAAAACUAUCAUUUGAUAAUCCCAGGUAUUUUAAUGACCUAACAGAAGAACAUUUUUCUACUCCAAGAAGAACUAAAAGACAUCUAGCAUUUGCCAAAAAAAAGUACGAUGACAUCAGAAAAAAACUGAAUACAGUUGAACAAAUAAAUCGAAGAUUGACAAAGAAAGUAAAAACGUAUCAAGAUUUAAUUAAAACAUUAGAGGACUCAAACCUUUUGCCAGAAAAUGUUUCUCAAUUUUGUACAGUCACUUUGCACAAUCAAUAAUUCAUUGAUUUACUUUAAUCUGUUGGGUUCUCAGCCUGUAAAUAAAUAAAUAAAAUAAAAGUAUUGAAAUAAUGCUUAAUGAAUUAUUGUAAUUGGUAAGUAAUUAAGACUGUUAAGAGGAUGUGAUACAACCGUAAUUUAAAUGUAAAAUUGCUGUCAGUAUCAUGAUUUUAAAAAUGUUUUAAACGGUACUCAAAUUAGGAGGCUCCUAAACUAUCAUCAUUUUACUAUGGUCCUAUCCUUGAAUAUACUAUUAUUUAUGUUGAUAAUGGUAAGAUUAUACACAGAUAUCUAUAUUUUUAUUAUAUAAAUAUGUCCGUUAUAGUUAUAUAUCUGUGGGCUUACAUAAAAAACUAAACUUAUUAGCUAUGAUUUUAAAUUUUAUUAAAUCUAAACAUGACAGAUUUAAAUGGAUUAUUCAAACGUAUAUUGUGUUAUGUUAUGCAUUUUUUAGGCGGAGUAACACAUACUGGUAUCACGGCUAAUAUAAUAAACGGUCAAAGAAUUGUAUCACAAAGGGGCCAUAAUAGACCUGUAGUAUCAAUAUAAUAAGUUAGUAUCAUAAUAAACUGAUGUUUUGUAACUUAGAGUUAUAUUACUUAAUGCUGCAACUUGUGUUAAUGUCUGACGUGUUUGUUUAACGUUUUUUCAAGCAGCCGUCAGUUUCUGACUUCAAUAUUUAUCUUUUUUAAUGAAAAACAUCUUUAAUAUUAAAUUAAUAUAUUAUUGUAUGACAUAUAUGUGUCGUGUCACAUAGGGUCAACUGGUUAGGAAUAUAGUAUAUUAUUAUUAUUAUUAUGUCAUUAUAUACUUUUAUUAAUUAAUGAUAUAGAUACCAGGUACUAGGUGUGCUGUAGCUUUAUGUUUUAAUAGUUUGCAAGUGACUAAGAAAAAAGACCUUAAUAAAAUUUAAUUUCAUACAUUUCUUCAACGUAAAAAAUUGUGUAAUCUUUGGGUUAAGGCUUGACAAAAAGACACAUGGAAUCCAAAAACUAGUACAGUUUGUAGCAUUCAUUUUUUAUAAGAGGAUUUUCGAAAAAUCAAAAAAAGGAAAUUAAAACCUCAAGCUAUUCCUAAACAAUGUCUGAAAGAAUGUUCUUCAGCUACUUCCACACAAGUGACAUCAAGGAAACGUGCAAAUAAACGUGAAAAUGGAAAAAUUGUUAGAAAUUUUAUCUCACCAACUCAAAAAA